CCCCAUUUGAUCCGACUUCUAGCCGCGUAUUCACACCGGGGCCAUUACUACAUGAUGUUUCCGUACGCACGAUUAAAUCUUCACGAGUACUGGGAGCGUAAUGCCACUCCGAUAUGUAACUAUGAGAAGACUCUUUGGGUUUUCCAACAAAUAUCUGGCAUAGCAUCUGCCUUGUCUCGCGUCCACAUUUACACGGCAGAUGAUGAUUACAGAGAUAGAAGACUACAAGUUCUCAAUGAUGACCAAGAAAAGAGAUUUGGACGGCAUGGCGAUCUCAAACCAGAUAACAUUCUGUGGUCCCACCAAGAUCAAAUCGCGACAGUGGAUGGAAAAAUGGGUGUCCUCCAAAUUGCUGAUUUCGGGCUGGGUCGAUUCCAUGGGCGGUAUUCAAGAUCCAACGUCAAUCCACUCACGUUGGUGACAUCGCCCACCUAUCAAUCACCCGAGAUUGAACUGCGGAAGCCUGUUUCACGCAAGUACGAUAUUUGGAGUCUGGGCUGCGUUUACCUCGAAUUUGCAUCGUGGUUACUUCUCGGUUGGCCUGGAGUGGUUGAGUUGGCAGAUAAACGAGCCGAACAGAACCCACAAACGAAGAUUAACGACGAUUACUUUUAUAAAUUGGUAGGUGACCCAGGUAGUCAUGGCUGUACGGCCAGGCUUCGUCAAGGCGUGUCUUCGUGGAUCGCGUCGUUGCGCAAGCAUCCCCAGUGUUCUGAAGCCAUCUUUCAAUUGCUGAACAUCAUCGAGUCAAGAAUGCUUGCCAUUGACUGCGCACAACGCGUUGAAUGUGAAAAGCUCUCGAAGGAACUGAAGAAUCUGUACGACGUGGCCUGUGAGAAUGAGGCAUUUCUAAUGAACCCGCAUGGACGCAAAGAAGAUACCAGAGAACCAAGCCCUGAACUGACCAGACCAAGACAAGUACAUAGCAUUUGA